CAGACGUCAUCGUCCUGUGACUGGGAAACUGCCCGCUUCUAAACCCGUCUGUAAGCUCUUCCAAACCAUCUUCUCUUCACUCCUCAAAAACUCCCAGCCACACUUGCAUUUAAAUCCAGGAUCACCAUACUUGGAUCUCGUGAUACUUCGACUCCGAUUGACAAAGCACCUCCCAACUCACAUAUCAUCAUCAUGUCCAAGAGCAGAACGCCCCUUUACUUGGGUCUCGCCGUGGCCGGUGCGGGCGGAUACUAUCUGUAUCGCGCGGGCGGAGAUGUCAAGGGUGCUAAGCAGGAGAUGAAGAUUGAUGCCGACAAGGCGCGUGAGAAGCUUCCCCGCGGUAGCAGCGCGGAGAAGUUCGGUGAGAGCGUCGGCAAGGAGGCCGGUUCAAAUAUCGAUGAAGCUAUUGAUAAUGCCCGCUCCAAGGCUAGAUUGGACGAGCGCAUUCCCGCUCUCAUCGACAAUGGCAAACAGCACUUGGAAGAUGGCAAGAAGCAUCUAGAAGACGGCAAGAAGCAACUCGAUGGGUUCCGCAAGGAGGCCCGCGAUCAGUUCAAUGCCACCGUGGACAAGGUUGACCGUACGGUGGAGGACAAGGCGGCGGAAGCUAAGGGGACUGUUUCUUCGUGGUUCGGCGGUAAGAAGUAGAUGAUAAUGGAACAAGGCUCUACUCGCAAUCAAACAGCAGGGGCGUGAGAGAAAUUGAUGAUCAAUGGCAGACUACCUGGGACCCUAUGCGCUAUUUGGGUUUUCGAAGAUAGGAAGUCAAUUAUGAGAUAUUGAAUUUAAUUGUUUGCAGAUGCAC